UCAGUCGGCCGGAGCGCGGACCUGCCUGCAUCACCGUUUGGAGCUCGUCGUUCCCUGGAGCUGCACAGCUUCCACGGCGGUAGCGAAGCGUCAGAGAGCACCAUUCGCGGACCCUUGCGGUCCCCGGGCUUAGCUGCGCGUGCCCCGCUCGUCCUCGGAGUCAGCCAGACCCGCGGCCGGUGGAGGUGUGAGGCGACGACGGGCGAGCGCCGCGAGCAGCCCUAGCCGCUGCGGCCUUCUGUACUACUCUCUCCGCCCCCUCCUCCUCCGCCGCUCCCCCCACCGCGGCCCUCCCCCCACUUCCCGAGCUCCGGCGUGUCCCGGCCACGCUCGGGGCUGCUGCGGGAACAAAGGAGGACCCCGCGGCGGCGGCGCCACCUCCGCCUGCCGCUCCAGCCCGCGGCGGCGGCUCUCGGGUUUCCGGCUCGCCCCUCCCGGAGGGCUCGGCCCGGUCCCCACCUCGCCGGCGUCGUGCGCGAGCCCGGCUCCCGCGGUCGAAGACAGAAAAAUGGCUCAGGAGACUAACCAGACCCCAGGGCCCAUGCUGUGUAGUACAGGAUGUGGCUUUUAUGGGAAUCCUAGGACAAAUGGAAUGUGUUCUGUUUGCUACAAAGAACAUCUUCAGAGGCAGCAGAAUAGUGGCAGAAUGAGCCCAAUGGGGACAGCUAGUGGUUCCAACAGUCCUACCUCAGAUUCUGCAUCUGUACAAAGAGCAGACGCUAGUUUAAACAACUGUGAAGGUGCUGCUGGCAGCACAUCUGAAAAAUCAAGAAAUGUGCCUGUGGCUGCCUUGCCUGUAACUCAGCAAAUGACAGAAAUGAGCAUUUCAAGAGAGGACAAAGUAACUCCCCCGAAAACAGAGGUGUCAGAGCCAGUUGUCACUCAGCCCAGUCCUUCAGUUUCUCAGCCCAGUACUUCUCAAAGUGAAGAAAAAGCUCCUGAGUUGCCCAAACCAAAGAAGAACAGGUGUUUCAUGUGCAGAAAGAAAGUUGGCCUUACAGGGUUUGACUGCCGAUGUGGAAAUUUAUUUUGUGGACUUCACCGUUACUCUGACAAGCACAACUGUCCAUAUGAUUACAAAGCAGAAGCUGCAGCAAAAAUCAGAAAAGAGAAUCCAGUUGUUGUGGCUGAAAAAAUUCAGAGAAUAUAAAUUACUACUUGUGAAGAGACUGAUAAUUUGUUUUUAUUUUAAUAUACCGUAGGAAAACAUUAAAGAGCAGAUGCAUGGCCAUUUUC